AUGGGGGACCGGCACCGGCGGACCGGGAGACUCGGGAGCCUCGCGCCGAAGUCCUGCGUCCCCAAGGAGAACAAACUCCGGCUGCGCGUGAUCUUCCUGGAUGACAGCGAGCGCACGUUCGAGGUGGAGCAAAAGGUUUUAGGAGGCGACUUCUUCAACAAAGUGUGCGGGCAUCUGAAACUGCUGGAGAAGGAAUACUUUGGCCUUGAGUUCAGACACCACAGCGGCAACUACGUUUGGUUGGAGCUGCUGAAGCCGCUGAUCAAGCAGAUCAAGUACACAAAUGAUUUAUUCUUCAGGUUUAUAGUGAAAUUCUUCCCUCCGGAUCCUGGACAGCUGAAGAGAGGCCUCACCAGGUAUCUUUUUGCCUUACAGAUAAAGCAAGACUUGUCUAACGGGAGUCUGACAUGUAAUGACAACAGCGCCGCCCUGCUGGUUUCCCAUAUACUACAGUCAGAAAUAGGUGAUUUUGACGAGGAGCUGGACUAUCAACAUCUAGAGAUGAAGCACUAUGUUCCCAACCAGGAAUAUCUGGACCACAAAAUCAUCAAAUUCCACAAGAAACACAGAGGGGUCACUCCGGGAGAGUCGGACAUCCACCUGCUGGAGGUGGCGAGGAAGCUGGACAUGUACGGCAUCAGGCCUCAUCCUGCCCAUGACGGCGAGGGGAUGAGGAUCAAUCUGGCUGUCACACACUCAGGAGUGCUGGUCUUUCAGGGAAAUACUAAAAUCAACACCUUCAGCUGGGCCAAAAUCCGCAAACUGAGCUUCAAACGGAAGCACUUCCUCAUCAAACUGCACGACAAAAUUGGGCCGUCGUGUAAGGACAUCCUGGAGUUCGCCAUGGCCAGUCGGGACGUCUGCAAGUCCUUCUGGAAGACGUGUGUGGAGUACCACGCCUUCUUCAGGCUGGCCGAGGAACCCCGGGCCAUACACAAAACGCUGCUGUCCUGUAAGGGCUCCACCUUCAGAUACAGUGGGAGGACGCAGAAACAGCUGCUGGAGUGUAUGGGCUCUGGGGACAAGAAGCCGUCACAUUUUGAAAGGAGCUCCUGUCAGUCUGACUACAACUCCAGACAGUGUCAGUCCUCGCCUGAUCUCCUCACGGACGUCUCCAAGCAGUUGUAUGAGCACGCUCACCCGUUCCCCCGGACGAGCCGCGCUCUGGCGGUCCACAGCCACGACGAGAUGGAUCUUUAUCCCAGAGGCCUAAAUGACAUUGAGAGUGGUGAAAGUGGGGCCAAACGCAGCCAUUCGUCUGUUGAGGUCAGCCACAGGCCACGCCCCCUUUCCCAGGUCACCCCGCUCUCUCCGCCUUACUACCAAUCCACCCCGUCGCCAAAGCUGAGGUCUGCGUCAACGUCGUUGAUGGACGAAGCGAGGAUGGGGCGGAUCGGGGCGCAGCGUCAAGCUCAAAGGUUGGCUGGUGUUUAUGGCAAUCGGUCACGGCGACGCCCGAACCCCCAGCCACACCCAGAUGCCACGCAGCAGCUGGUUCUUCUUUACCCGAACAGCCCCGCCUACCAGUAUCACCCGGUCCUGCCAUCGUUCCCGUUCGCCAGCUCCUCGCCGCUCAGCAGACAUCCGUAUCUGUCGGACUACGUUGCGGUUUCCUCGCUGGAACGCUUCCCAACUGUGAGGAGGCGGGAUUACGCACCGGUGGACGGCCUUUCGCGGCCACCUUUCUACCCGUUGAGCCACAAUUCGCCGUCGGUUUCACCGAUCAGACGGAGCCUCCGGCCCGCCGGUUCAGGCGGGCUGGGAUUGGCCAGGGUCUACCAGCCGGGAAGCAACGGAUCGAGGCUCCUGGGCGUGGGCCGUACGGAGGCGGGGCAUUACAGCGACGACUCCAGCUUCCUCCCGGGGCUGCCACGCCGCGUGGCCAGCCAGCCGGAUGUCAAGUUCCACAUUUCGAGGACUUCGAACCCCGCUUUUAACCCGGCCUCUGAGUUCCGCCCCCUUGGCUACUACCCGCACCUGACGCGCCCGUCCAGACCCACCUACCUCCCGCUGAACUCCUCCCCUCUCCCGGAACGCCCCACUUCGGUCUGCAUGAUCGGCGGCACCGCAGGAAGCUACAGUGACUCCGACCCGGAGGUCUUCUACCCGUACUACUGCCCACCCCCUCAGAUGGGGAAGAUGGUGCGGUCCGGCGGACUGGCCAGGAUGAGGUUUUCCUCUGGAAGCCUCCAACUGGAUGAGGAGGAGGAGGAGGAGGAAGAGCAGGAUGGAGCGAAAAAGGAGGUAAAGACGACAGAAGGGAAGAAAGAAAUGAGUGAAGGAGAGGACAAGAAGGGAGUGCCGAAGAUUACUCAAGUCUCACUGUAG